AUGGUGUGAUUUUCCUUUCCCCGUUGUGGGUCUUUCUGCUUCACCGCACUCUCCCGUCUCAUCGUCACCGCCCCACCGCCUAUACCAAUACCACCGUCCCCGUCAGCCCGCCUAGACCCGAACACGGCAAGCACAACCGUCCCUGCGCGAUCCGGCCAACGGGCGGAGGAUGGCGAUGAUGAGCCGGACGCGGGAUCUGCUCAUGGAGGGUUUCGAGGGGUUCGUCCGGGACGGGUCGUUCAAGUGGCCCGUCCCCCGUCGCGCGGGGGACGACGACGACGACCCCGGCCGCUCUCCCUCCUCCGGCAAGAGCGCGUCAGUAGCCGGUCUCUCCCCCAUGGCCAGCGUCGUCGUCUCUCGCUGCUCCCGAAUUCUCGACGUUACCAUUGAAGACAUGAUAUAUGACUUUGAUAUGCAAGCAUCUGAUUCCAUAAAGCACCAAAGGAACUAUGCAAGAAACUUUUUGGAGUAUUGCUGCUUUAGGGCACUUGCACAGGUCUCACAAGUUGCCGGGUAUCUUGCUGACAAAAGCCUCCGCCGCUUGACAUUUGAUAUGAUGUUAGCUUGGGAAGUUCCCUCUUCUUCAGGCCAGCUCACUGUUAAGGUUGAGGUUGAUAGCACAGUAAGUUUAGAGGCUUUCUCAAGAAUAGCACCUGCCAUACCAACAAUCGCUGAUGUAGUAACUUCUUCAAACCUCUUUGAUGCGCUGUCAUCAACAAGUGGAGGGCGUCUUCCAUUUCCUGUAUAUGAUAAGUAUCUUGCAGGAUUGGACAGAGCUAUUAAAAAAAUGAAGGCGCAAUCUGAGUCAUCGCUUCUAUCGGGUCUUCGAUCUCAGAGAGGGGAAAGGGUUCUAGAAGUAGAUGGCACAUUGACAACACAACCAGUACUUGAGCAUGUUGGGAUUUCAACAUGGCCAGGAAGAUUGACACUUACCGAUCAUGCUCUUUACUUUGAAGCUGUUAAGGUUGUGACAUUCGAUAAGCCCAAAGGCUAUGAACUUGCAGAAGAUUUAAAGCAGGUUGUUAAACCGGAGCUGACUGGCCCAUGGGGUUCACGGCUAUUUGAUAAAGCUGUUAUGUACAAGUCGACCACCUUAACAGAACCAGUUAUCAUAGAAUUUCCAGAGCUGGCUGGCCACUCUCGCCGUGAUUACUGGUUGGCCAUCAUAUCAGAAGUUCUUUAUGUCCACAGAUUUCUUAGGAAGUUCGACAUAAAUGGAGUUGAUAAAGAGGAAAUAAUCCUGAAGGCCUCGCUUGGCAUCUUGCGGUUACAAGCCAUUGAGGAAUUGGCCUUUCCAGUUUCCAGUCGAUAUGAAUCUCUUUUGAUGUUCAAUCUUUGUGACAAACUUCCUGGAGGAGAUGUAAUACUUGAAACACUAGCCAGUGCUAUAUCAUCAAGAAGUUCAGCUCAAGUCAACAAACCAGGCUUGAACAUUGGAAUGCGUUCUAUGUCUGCCUUGGCUGUCCUGUCAAAUCUGGGCGUGGUAUCACCAGGUAAUAAUAGUGAGAGACUCUCUGUUGGUGAGAUAGUCGUUGGGGAAAUGAGUUCCUUGCAGAAGGCAGUUACUGAGUCAAUGAACAACUACAAGAAGGUUGAAUUGGCACAAGCCACAGUUGAUGGAGUCAAAGUUGACGGGCUUGAUACCAAUUUGGUAGUGAUGAAGGAAUUGUUAUCUCCGGUAAGUGAGCUAUGGAGGUUUUUGGUAUCGCUGGCAUUAUGGGAUGAGCCUCUGAAGUCAUUGGUCUUUUGCUUGCUAUCUUCUUUUAUUAUCAUCAGGGGAUGGGUAGUCUAUUUUGUUGUUAUGGUCCUAUUGUUAUCAGCAGCCUUCAUGCUCCUGACAAGACUAACUAGUCAAGGAAAGCCUAUGACUGAGGUCAAGGUGUCAUCUCCUCCUUCAAUGAACACAAUGGAGCAGCUAUUAGCUGUUCAAAAUGCCAUUUCCAAAGUUGAAGAGCUUGUCCAGGAUGCAAAUAUUGUUCUUCUGAAGAUAAGAGCCUUACUGCUGGCUUUUCCAUCUCAGGCUACUGAUAAAGCUAUCCUUGCUCUGUUGAUGAUGGCUCUAUGCCUUGCUUUCCUGCCCACAAGAUUGCUUGUCCUGGCCAUGUUUCUGGAGGUGUUCACGAACAAUUCCCCACUAAGGAGAGCAAGCACAGAGAGGUGCACCAGAAGGUUGAGAGAGUGGUGGUUCAGCAUACCUGCAGCUCCAGUAGUGGUCGAGAAGGAUAAUAAAGAAGAUAAGAAAACAAGAUGAAUAUCCGUGUGCUUAUCCAAUGUGAUGUCGUAUCCUGUUUGGCCGAUGCAUCUUAGUGGGUCACGAGCGCCCGCCCCACCGUGUAAAAUGUCGAUAUGUUAACAUAAAAUUCUGUUAGUCUUAUUCCAAUAAAAGUGCUAGUUUCUGUCA